CGUAACCCGCCAAACCCAAACCACACUUAUUAGGCAAUAGAGUCUACUCAAUUCUGAACUCUGCCGAACUAUAUAAAAAAGGGCGCGGGAAGUAAAAGGCAGACAGACAACAGCCAUGGGAAGUGAAGAAGAGAGCACAGUGAAAGAGCCGUUGGAUCUCAUCAGACUCAGCCUUGAUGAGAGAAUCUACGUCAAACUCCGUUCAGACCGAGAACUCCGUGGCAAACUUCACGCUUAUGACCAGCAUCUUAAUAUGAUUCUUGGUGAUGUUGAAGAAAUUGUGACCACAAUUGAGAUUGAUGAUGAAACAUAUGAGGAGAUAGUUCGGACUACAAGACGGACCAUCCCUUUCCUAUUUGUUCGUGGGGAUGGUGUAAUACUGGUGUCUCCUCCUCUGCGGACUGCCUGAUCAAUAGAGAAGAUGUUCUCAUCAUAAACCUGUGCAAGCAUCCUAUAUUUUGUUUAAGGUGCUGCAGUAAAUUUAUAAUAACUCAGAUUAUUGAGGAAAUAUUUUCUGUAUCACAAUCUCAUUUUGGAGCAACACGUCUCUCAGUUUCUGCGUGCC